AUGACAUUUGACUAUUACCGUAAAGUUGACCUUAUCAAGGAAUAUGUUGUCGCACAAGGAGAGUCGAUCUCCACUCCAAUCGACUUAAUAAACACAUCGAAAGAUUCCAAUACUGCGUCUAAGCUGACAGGUCCAACAAGAAUUAUCGAUGGUGUUUCAGUAAGAUGCCCUUCUUAUUUAUUGAGAUUCUGUAACAAAUUAAACAACAAUGCUGCUCUACAGUACCAUACUUUGAAUUCAAAACUAGAACAUGCUACCAAUAGGUAUUAUAAAGCUGAAAAUAAAGUCACAUCAAGAAUAGCCAAUUUACAUUCAGAUCCAGAAGAACAGUUAUCAAAGGGAUUCGCAUAUUCGAUCGUUGCUGCUAUGUCAGGUUCCAUACUCACUAAGAGAAGAAAUAUUUUACUUAGAUUUACCAUGCCAAUUAUAUUAGGUACUUUGGUUUGCUCGUAUACCAUACCAACUACUUUUGAGAAUACAACUGAUUUAAUCCAUGAUAUUGAAGAAGUUUAUUUCCCAAAAUUCUGUGCAAAGCAAGAUAGAGUAAUGGAUUUCAUUCGUACAGGCAUUGCACAUACUGUUAUGAGUUACGAUAUAGUAAGUUAUAAACUUGCUUCAGCAAAAGAUUAUAUUCAACAACACUCUAAUUUUUCCUGA